AUGCUAGAUUUGUUUUAUUUACAGCUCCAUCCAUUUGAUUUCGACCCAAAACACAAUUAUGAUUAUACGAAACCUGAUGUACCUGCAGAACUAAUGCGCGGUAGUCUUCCGUACUAUUUACCUAUUGGUUGGUUUCGUCAUGCACUCAAAGUUGAUAAUAAAUAUAAAGAUGGUUCAACUUGGCUUGGCUCUAGCAAUGGUCCAGGAGAAUGGCCAGUCGCUUUCCAUGGUAGCAGCGUCAAAACAGAUUACAUGAUUCAUGAAGCUAUAAAACAGAAAUGUGAAGAAGUAAAUCGAUCUGGAUUAUAUGUAGCAACACAUUGUAAUGGCGGAUCUCAUCUGUUUUAUACGGAAACGUUCGAGGUAAAAACAUCAUCAGAAAAAACCGAUGGAUUUCAAGCCGUCUUUCACUGUCGAGUGAGACCUAAUUUCUAUACUACUCAUACAACUCCAGUCAAAGUAGGUGAAGCCUGGCGUAUUGUAGUUCCUACAGCUGUUCGACCAUGUGGUAUUCUACUGAAAAAUAUUAACACAAAAGUAUCAUACGAAUAG